GCAGAUGGCAGCCACGCCGGCUGCAGAUAUUCGAGGCUAGCUUGAGCUUGUCAAGAUCUGGAGCUCAAAGCUAACGAUAAAGCAACGCUCGGUUUCAAGAACCAUGGAUCCAGGACCAGAAGCCGGCUCUUGCAUUGCUGUCUUCUCUUCCUCAAAAAAAGAGGCUAUUUGUUUUUUGGAAAAUGUUCUGAAAAAACCAAUUUCCGUCGGCGAAGACGAGCAGCUGACUGUGCCCUGGAAAAUUAUCAACAAGUACUAUACAGCUGAUGUGCACUUUCAGCUGCAUCAGCUCCCCGAUCAGUUUAUAGCCCAGAAUGUACAUGUUCAGGGCGUUCCUGCUGUCAUCUUCGUGUGGUUUGCUGAAGAGCCUUAUCGAGAAUACAUCGAGUUACUUUCCCAAAGCUUGUCUGGCCAUGACUUUGAAGUCUCUCUUGCAGUUAGAGUUCAUCAUUCGGCUGGUACAUCGUUGUCUGCCCCUCAAUCAGUGCCUCCUGCGAAAUCAUCAGAAACCUCAGAAGCAACAGGAGAAGAAGAUGGGGACAUUGACGAGUACUUAUCUUCUCAUGGUUUCGAAUUUAUCGACAUCCGAGAGGACAACGUGGAAAAAUCUACAUCGGAUCCGCAUCUGGAUGCUAGGACACAUGGCAUCCCUGGGCUUUCGCGCAUAAUCGACGCGUUAAGCACAAUCAUGUGGCCGUCGAUGGUACAGAAUUCUAAGGCUGUGGGACGGACAUCGAGAAUGCUUGGCGCCCCCUUUAUUGGAGACGAAGAGGAGCUCAGUACCCUAAUUAACACUUCUGGUAGCUUUGACACACAUGAGCAAAAGGCGCAAGCACAAGUACAGAGGGAAGCACUGGAACGGUGGCUGGAAGAAGGGGGUUCAGAGUCCGACUCAGACAAUGACGAGAUGCUCGGUGUUGAGCAUAAUGGCAGCAGUAGGUUUGAGUCUUCAACGUCCCAUAACGAUGAUCAAGAUAUGUGGGGACCUGCAACAAGCGGUAGUAGGACACCGCACCCUGAAGAUCAAAGUCACCACUCUGGGUUUCCACCCACAACCGGUGUCAGUGCCUCUGAAUUUGGGUUUGAAGACGACUUCACGGUAUUCUUAUCCGCCCCUUCUGUCUCAUCUCUGCCACUCCCCCAGCCAUCCCCUUCUGUGCCCUCUUCUGCAUCAAAUCAAGCGGCUUCCAUUCCCGAAUCAUCCAGUUUCGGCUCCACCUACAGUUUCGAAUCACCGGCCAAACCAAAGUCCGGACGUUCGACUCCCACCAUGGAUGAUGGCUUUCUUGCGCCUCACUCCUACUCUGGCAUAGCCUAUAAAUCCCUCGGUUCGGUAUCCGACUUUGGCGAAGAGAACGAGCAGGACCAUGAUAACAGUAUUGACCUCCUUCUUGAUCGUGAUGUAUUUGGAUCUGGAGAAAGUGACGAUGACGACGUACUACCAAGCAAGGCUGAAAUUCGUGCCACUUCCCAGCGCAUUUUUGGGUCUCUUCCGAUAUCUAUCUCACCCACUGAUGACGUUGGUGUGGGAGCAGGGCUCCCUGAUAUGCGUAACGCGCAGACUGCCCGCCCGUCUGGUGCAUCUGGUCCACGUACUCCAAGCAAUGUUCCACAUGUUACAGGUCUCGAGUCCCAACCGUUUGACCUCACGAAUGUUUUAGGUGUCUUACAAGGCUUGAAAGAGGAAAUCGCUCAACUUCCAGAUGAAGAGCGCAGGAAGGCUGCUGCACGAGUAGCCCUGGGGUUUGCUUACGGUCUUGAUGAUAGUAAUUAAAUUUGUAACGAUUGUACUGGUGUUUCCCCAGAGCUACGGUGGGGCUCAAUAAUAUGCAAGCUCGAAAACGGUAAAAUUUCUUGAUUGCACCUCUGAUUAAAUCGCACGGCCAUCACCUUGGCCCCGGCGAUCCUAGCUAAUUUUACUCGUUCCUAUCGUAUGCAUGUGCCAGUAGCUCAAGGUGUUCAAGGGGUUUUC